UGUAAUACAAGUUUGUCCCUCACCAAUCGCCAUACUUUCACAUGACUCUUUGCGUGUGACUGACUUGCAUUCCUCUAGUUUUGUUCCUCUUAUCAAGCUUUUGUUUAUUUAUUUUUUAUUUUAGCGCGGACUAACCACAACAAACCCUGAAACUUUGCUGUAAUUAUUUAAAUGUUUUCCAUCCUCAUCACGAAUUUGUCUUAGGAUUUCUACGGCACUAAACUUUGCUUUGCAGCAUCUAACGCGGGCUGGCACUACAUGGCCGUUUUGUGUUUUGUUGGCGGAGACCUGAAAGAACUGAUGGCAGCGUAAUACAUCCAUUUGGACCAUGGCGGAAAUUCUUCCGCCGGAAUCGAGAGGGUGUAAUUUAUUUUUCCUGUAUGAUGGCUCCAAGGUGAAGGGAGAGGGAGAUCCGACUAGCAAGGGGAUCUGUUAUUUCUAUCCAGAAGAGACCCCCAUAGAAAAGCAGGAGCUACUUUGUGGCCAACUUGCUGGAGUGGGCCGUUGCAUUUCGGAGCUUUCUUCCUCCCCUGUGCGCCUUCUGACGCUGCGUCGCCACAAAUUUGCAAUCCACAUGAAAGAGGAAUUCUUUUGGGCUCUGGGCUCCUCCAUGGAAACUCCAACUGUCAGUGUCUGUGAGCUAUUGAAUAAGAUAAUAAACCUCUUUUGUUUCUACAAUGGAUCUGUUCGCCAGAGCUACCAGCUUCAUAGUCAGGAAACCUUGGCUGCUCGUUGGUCACAGUACCUGUCAUACCUGCUAGCUGGACCUUCUGAGCUUCAUCACGUCUUCAGCUCCUUGACCACUAUUGACUCGACAAAUGUUGACCCGCUUCUGCUGCUUAAAGCCGCCCUCAUUCUGCAGGCCUGCCAGCGGUGCCCCCUAGUGUUGGCGGGCUGUAUUCUUUUCAGAGGAAGAGUCGUGAGCACGCAGAUGUCCCCAGAUGUUACCAUGAAAAUUAUGGCUCAUGAGAGUGAAACCUUCAAGGCGCAAACGCCCACAGGCCCGAACCCAUCAAGUUUAUUUGGCGAUGCCGUCAGCUCUACUUCUGUGUUCCUCACCAUGUUUGAACUUCACUACCUGCAGUCUGCUCCUGUUGACAGAGAAUCAUGGUCCCAGGCUACUCCUAGGAAAGACUCUGACCUACAUCAAAGCCUGUCAAGGACGCCAUCGGACACGGUCUCUUCCGAGUCUGUGCCUUCAGAUCCACCCUCAUCCCAAAAGGGAACCUUAAGCCCUCGCUCGUCUGCAUCGGACAACUCCGAUUUCGGCCGGGUUCCGUCGCAAAGCGCCACUGAACCCGUCUGCCCAGCACCCAAUGAAGAAGAUGCCUCUCUUGAAGCUGAGGACAAAGUUCAACAAAGUUCCACCGAUGAUACUUUUCACAGCAGCGGAGGGCACCGAAGCGACUCUGAGCACAACGCACCCUCGCACCUCAGUGGAGAGGAUGGAGGCGCAUACUGUCGGACAAUAUUCAACUCUGGAGACAAAGAGCACCGUAAUGAGAAAUCACACAAUGGCAAUUUAGAAGGGUCAAAUACAGGUGGCAGUGGGACCUACACCACCCCCAUCGACCCGGAUGAAACCCCACUGGUUCCUAUGACGCUGUACCUGCACAGGGUCAAGGGGCUCGUGCUGGCCCUGCUGGUGGAGCCUCACUUCUUAUGCGACCAAGCUGCCAUGGAGGAAGUGUAUCACAGCUGUUUAGCUUCGCUAAACGGCCUGGAGGCCCAUCUGAGAAGCAUCUCUCCGGGGGCGCCGGGCACCGCAGGACCCUACAUCUUCGCCCACUUUGACUGCGCCCAGAGCACGUUAACAACCAACCUGUCUGGUCGACCUGGGGGAGCCCCCGAGCGUCCUUUUGUCAGAGCCGCAUCGCUUCUUCACUCGCAUUUCUGUAACACUGAAACUCUGCAGGAGGCUAUUAUCAGGAACGCCGCCACCGCUGUGUACGGGGUUCGCAGCGCGGCCCAGGAGACGUAUUUCCUACAAUACGGCGUCACGCUGAGGAACUCGGGCAUCCCCAACCACCAGGACAGCGCAUUCUCCUUGCCCAGCAAGGCUCGGCACAGACUCCUCAAACAUGGCCUUAACCUCCUCUGACGUGACAGCGCCUCUGCAUUUCACAGCAGGACUAUUUCUGAGUAUUUAUAGCCUUUUCAACAUGCGUUUUAGUCAACCUGAAUGUCAAAUAUUUACACAGGCUGUUACUGUAUUCUCACUCCCCUUAUUUAAACAAUGCUUUAUACUGGAAAAAUGAAUAAACCUAUUAAGUUAGCGAGUCACAA